AAUUUUUGAAAUAUUUCAAUUGUCUCUUUUUUCCACAUAACUUUUCAAAUUGACCCGGUUUUAUACAAAUCAUGUCAGACGCACUUGUAGACACUGUCCCUGACUGUUUGAUCAAUAGUGAAAAUGAGGGAACAAGCGAACCAUACAGCCCAUCUCUAGAUGGUGAAAAUUACGAUAACUAUGAAGGCAGCGCAGAAAAUGAGAAAGGAACCGAACAAAAAAAAGAUGAUGAAGUCAGUAAAGACGAGGAGGAAGAUUGUACAAGCCAAGGUACAGGAAGCUUUGUAGACGCUGAAGAUUGUGUUGUCCAUACUCCUUCUGCAGAGGCCCAGGCGGAAGCUAGCCAAGGAGCAUUGCAACAUCAGCAAGAGCCAGACAGUAUUCUUUCACAGGAUAUGGAAUCUAAUGAGACAAGCGAUCUCGUUUUAGACGAGAAUGCAGAACAGACAGCAGUUGUACAGAUAACAGCAGGCACGGUAUCCACAACCCAAGAGGUAUCCAAUAUGCCUGAAGCAGUGCCUAGCACGAUCCCAGCACAAAUCCCAUCACUUGCGUUGCCUCCUUUGCCACCAUCGCCCGACCCGCAACAAGAAGAAGAGGAAACUAUGGAGAAUCAUAAAAGAACAGUAGAACUGCGUAUAGCCAUUGGUCCUUCAGAAGAAAUAUCUACAGAUACAGAAGUUGAAGCCGUUGCGGAAUCCUCAUCUCUACUAACUAACAGAAGCAAUAGCAGUUCUCUAGCGUCAUCGGGUAAAGGAGAUGGUCCAGAGCCGUCAUCAGAUCCGAUGGAUCACGUAGGAGAGCAUGUCCUUGUCGGUCCAAGCCAGGGUAAAAACUCACCUGCAUCCCCUAAAGAGAAACCAAGAAAUGAUGGUCAUUCUACUUCUCAUAAAGGAUUGUCCAAACCAGAAGGUUCAGAGAUACCUUCGUCUCUCCCAAAAAAAUCACAAGAACCAUCGCCAGAGGCGGCAAUAUCAGGACUAUCCGGCUCUGUAAGCCCAGAAGCAUCAAAGCCAGAUGUAGCGGAGCCAGAAACUACACCAUCCGAUGCAGUUGGACCAGAGUCCUCAUCGUCCAACGCAGUAGAAUCAGAUGUAGCACAAUCAGAACCAACGGCGCCAGAAGGAGCAACUUCAACUAUGGAAGGAUCAGAUAUGUCAUCUCCUGAUAUGGAAGAACCAGGAAUAUCGCCUCUUAGCACAGGGGAAUCUGAAACAUCGCCGUCAGAUGCAGAAGAGCCAAGAACGCCCUUUUCACGAGUUGGAAUCCAAGAGGUAGUGCCAUCGAAUGCGACAGAAACAGAGGUAGUACGGUCAGAUGUUGAAGAACCAGAAGAAUCACUGUCAAAUGAAUUAUCAUUGGCAGACUUGAUAGAUGUGGUGGAUACAACUGAUCCAGAAGCAUUACAGUCAGAGUCACUAGAAUCACUUGUAGCGGAUCCAGAAAAAUCAGAGACAUCUCUAUCAGACGUAUCAACCAUAAGGACAUCACGCUCAGAAUUAUCACUUCAGGAAGUAUCACAAAUGCAGCCAGCAAUUGAGGAAGAACCGCAACUGGAAAUGACAGUUCAAGAAAACCCACGGUCGCAAGCAUUAGCCCCAGAGGCACCUUGGGUAGAACUAGUGCUUCAAGAAAUAUCAUGGUCACAAACAACAACUUUACAAGCAUCACAAUCAGGGAUAUUAACUGAAGAAGGAUCAUCGGAGGAGCUUGCACAGAAUGAGCUCAGAGAGCCAGAUGAGGAAGAACCUGAACAAGAAGCACAGCCCUUGGAUUUGACCGAACCCUUUUUUGAAGAAGAUGCUGAACCACAGCAAGCACGAUCUCUAUUGUACAAAAGCAAUAUAUCUCCCUCAAUGCUUUCUCCACCUAUAGACUAUGUCGAAAGCUGUGAUCGUCUAGUAAAGGAAUUAGUAGAAGAUAUGCAGAGGUGUAUACAAGAAAAUUCAGAUAUGCUUUUCAAUGCGCCCUCAGUUCAAUCCAAUAGCAAUCGUCGUAGAGUUCCCUCAAUGGAAGCUAGGUUUAUUAGCAUGGAUGAGAUUUUACACCAAGAUGAUUAUAGAUACUUCAACUUUGAUGACCUGGAAUCUCAUAAACCAAUGACGGAUGAGGAACGAGCCAUAUUCGAAGCAAUGACUGAAGAAGAGAAAAGAGAAGCAAAAAGGUUAAACAUUAUAGAUGAACUUGUUGAAACGGAAGAAUCUUAUUCAAGGGACCUGUUUAUUCUUUGCAACCAUUUUUUCAAAAUUAUAAAAAGAGUUCGAUAUAUCAAUCAAGAAGACUUUGAUGCAUUAUCUCGCAAUCUAACAUCUUUGGCAAGAGAACAAGAAAUGUUUUGUGAAGCCAUAAAAAUAGCUGUGAAUAAGGACAGAAAAGAAAUGAGCAUAACCAAUCUCUCCAAUUGCUUUAUCUUAUGGAAAGAAUACUUUAAUGCUUAUUUUGAAUAUAGCAUUGGUCAGGACAAAGCUGUUCAAGUGUACAAGAGGCUAUUAAAAACAAGCACUGAAUUUCGAGAUUUGGAUGAACGUCUUCAUACCUUUCAUCGAGUCGUUUGGGGAACCAACAAGCUCAAGUUUGAAGAUUACAUGAUUAUGCCAUUUCAACGGUUAUUCCGAUACAAGCUUUUACUUCAAACAUUACAAAAAGCAACACCAAAAGAUUUCCAUGGGUUCGACCGUAUAACAGUGGCUGAGGACGUCAUUCAUAGAGUAGCCAAAAAAAUCAACGACACAAAGGCAAGAAUCGAGCUGGAGCAAAAGACAGAACUCUUCUUAUCUCGAUUACAAGGUCACUGGUGCUUGCCCAAACGAUGGUUCACGCAUCUGGGAUGUUGUUCACUCAUAGGUACGCUAGAAGUACGCUGUUUGCCCAAACAGAGGUCAUCCAAGAGAGUAUGCUGUGCGUUAUUUAGUCACUAUUUGAUCAUGGUGAAAGCCAAAAAAACAGAUAUCUAUGAGGCAAAACAUUGGUUCCCUAUUCGCAAAUUCAGUAUCGAGCAUAUGCCUGAUGACCCAGCUUCUUUGCAUUUUCCCUGGCUGCUGCGCAGCGGAAGACACACGUUUGAAUUUAGCGCUGCAAGUGAAGCAGAAAAGGAUAUGUGGACAGAAACGAUGAAAGACUGUAUCAAACAUGCAAAAAAAGAUUAUGAACAAACACAAAAGAAUCCAAGAAGCCCUGUUGAGCAGUCGCAACAAAAUCCAGAUACACACCCUAAUCACAACUUCAAAGAGUAUGUAGAAGAGCAACUCUUUGUCUCUAGUCUUGACCAAAGGAUUAAAGGAGUCAUAAUUGAAGAACCACAAGAUAUAGGCUCGAGUCAACCUUUCCAUAUUCCAAUGCCAUCUGGUUCAGCCAGCUUUUCUCAAUCAGCCAUUUUUAGUAAACCAGAACGCAACAAUAACCGAUUGUCCAUACCUAAUUUUUCGUCCAUGUUUCAUUCGGAUGGCAUUCGAUCACCUAAUUCUGGAAAAUUUGCAUUCACAAGCUCACUAAGGGAGAGGCUUGCAGACUAUAAGCUCAAGCAGUUCAAGGCGAGAUGUGAAGCGUUUGAUGCAAACUUUAGAGAUGUCUAUGUAACUUCCUUGGUUACAGCAAAGGGGAGUCAUAAAAAGAAGAACGCUAAUAAUAGUAGUAGCAACAAUACACAACACUAA